AUCGACGCGGAGCUGUUUUCCAUGUGUAGUCGAGAAUUAUUAUGAGCCGGCCUGCUUCUCUUUCUUUAACAAUUCACGUUUAGUCGAACAUAAAAAUUCUUGUUCCAAGUUAACUACAGCUAAACAAAUUUAAGUUACAUAUAUAAACAAUUUGAGCGACAGUCUUUCUGGUCCCGCGUGUUUUGACAGUUGGAAUAGACAAAAUCGAAAUAGCAACACAGCAUCAGGAACGCGCAGACAAAGGGGAAACAGACACGCACAGUGACUGCUCGGUAUUGUCUAUAUUCACAUAUACAUACACACCAUAGGAAGCUAAGCGAUUACGAAAAAAAUUUCCACACAUUCGCGCCCUAACAGCUACGGCAUUUACACGAAAUCGAAAGUAAGAGCACAAAAAUGACUUCGGACAUAACACGCCAACUAAUUGUUAUCUUGGAGAAGACGGUGUCACCAGACAAAAAUGAAUUGCUUUCUGCAAAGAACUUCCUUGAGCAGGCUGCCGCCAGCAAUCUGACGGAAUUUCUAAAGGCGCUAUCCAAAAUUCUAGUUGAUACCACAAAUAGUGUUGUGGCACGCAUGGCAGCUGGUCUUCAACUGAAAAAUCACUUAACAAGCAAGGAUGAAAAGAUCAGCCUUCAGUAUCAGGAGCGCUGGCAUCAGUUUCCUGAGGAAACCCGUGAACUUAUCAAAAAUAAUAUACUUGCUGCUUUGGGCACCGAAAAUACACGGCCAUCAUGUGCUGCCCAAUGCGUUGCCUAUGUAGCUGUUAUUGAGUUGCCCAUCAACCGCUGGGGCAUACUAAUACAGACGCUUGUCAACAAAGUCGUUCAUGAGGGCUCCAGCGAAAUGCACCGUGAAGCUGCGCUUGAGGCAAUUGGUUACAUUUGCCAAGAUAUCCAAUAUGGCGUUCUCGAAAAUCAAUCCAAUCAGGUGCUUACUGCCAUUAUACAUGGAAUGCGAAAGCAGGAGCCCAGUAAUCACGUGAGAUUGGCUGCCACGACGGCGCUAUACAACUCAUUAGAGUUCACCAAAGCAAACUUUGAGAAGGACAUGGAGCGAAAUUUUAUCAUGGAGGUAGUAUGUGAGGCAACACAGUGCACAGACACACAGAUUUGUGUUGCUGCUUUGCAAUGUUUAGUUAAGAUCAUGUCGCUGUACUACCAAUUCAUGGAGCCCUACAUGGCGCAAGCAUUGUUCCCGAUUACCUUGGAAGCCAUGAAGUCUGACAAUGAUGCAAUAGCUCUUCAGGGAAUCGAGUUUUGGUCAAAUGUAAGCGAUGAGGAAAUUGAUCUUGCCAUUGAGAGUCAAGAGGCCACCGACCAGGGUCGCGCGCCGCAACGUGUCUCCAAACAUUAUGCACGUGGGGCUCUUCAGUUUUUAACACCGGUUCUAGUUGAGAAACUUACUGACCAAGACGAAUGUGACGAUGAAGACAAUUGGAGUCCGGCUAAAGCUUCCUCAGUAUGCCUGAUGCUUUUGGCCACAUGCUGCGAGGACGAAAUUGUGCCGCAUGUCUUGCCGUUCAUUAAAGAAAAUAUUGAAUCACCCAAUUGGCGCUACCGAGACGCUGCAGUGAUGACUUUCGGCUCAGUGCUCAGUGGGUUGGAAACCAACACGUUGAAACCACUUGUUGAGCAGGCGAUGCCCACCCUGAUACGCCUUAUGUACGAUUCCAGUGUUAUCGUUCGCGACACAACAGCCUGGACCUUUGGACGGAUAUGCGACAUUAUUCCGGAAGCAGCUAUAAACAAGACAUAUUUGCAAACGUUGCUUGAGUGCUUCGUCAAAAGUCUUAAAUCGGAACCACGUGUGGCCGCUAAUGUUUGCUGGGCGUUUACAGGCCUUUCGGAUGCCGCUUACGAAGCUGCCAUCACCACCGAGGGAGACACACCGGAGACGUAUGCAUUAUCGCCAUACUUUGAAUUUAUUAUCACCCAAUUGUUGGAAGCCACCGAUCGGUCAGACGGCGCUCAGGCUAAUUUGCGCAGUGCUGCCUACGAGGCCUUGAUGAAUAUGAUUAAAAAUUCGCCUUUGGAUUGCUAUCUGGUCGUUCAGCAUACUACUAUUGUCAUCUUAGAGCGUCUUAACCAAGUUAUGCAGAUGGAGAGUCGCAUCAGCAACCACAGCGAUCGCCAUCAGUUUAAUGACCUACAGUCCCUGCUCUGUGCUACUCUGCAGAGUGUGUUGCGUAAAGUGCGCGAGGAGGAUGCUCCACAAAUUUCAGACGCCAUUAUGACUGCAAUCUUGACGAUGUUUAGCUCAAGUGCCGGAAAGUCAGGUGGCGUUCAGGAAGAUGCCUUCUUGGCUCUCUCCACGUUGGUCGAGCUACUUGGCUUUCAAUUUGCCAAAUACAUGCCAGCCUUUAAAGAUUUCCUUAUCAUGGGUCUCAAGAAUCAUCAAGAAUACCAAGUUUGCUGUGCUUGCGUUGGACUAACUGGUGAUAUUUUUCGCGCACUGAAGCAUCUAAUGGUACCCUACUGCGAUGAAAUAAUGUCCGUAUUAAUGAACGAUUUGUCCGAACCCAAUCUUGAUCGGAGUGUAAAGCCACAUAUCCUAUCUGCUUUUGGCGAUAUGGCUCUAAGCAUUGGAAGCGACUUUCUCAAAUACUUAAAUGUAGUUUUGGAAAUGUUGCGGGCAGCUUCCGAUUUACAGGUGGAUUCCAGCAACCACCACAUGACUGAAUACAUAAAAGAAUUGCGUGAGAGUGUUCUUGAGGCAUAUACCGGUAUCGUUCAAGGUCUUAAGGGAGCCGAGCAAACGGCCAAUCCAGAUGUGUUUCACUUGGAACCUCAUCUAAUGCAUAUCAUUGCCUUCAUCAAGCGCAUUGCACAAGACGGUGACGUUUCCGAUUUGAUGAUGGCAAGUGUCGCUGGAUUUAUUGGAGACUUAUGCACUUCUUUUGGGCCUCGUCUGUAUCCGUUGCUGGAUGAUGUGGUCAUCACACAGUUUCUGGCUGAUGGAAAGCGUUCCAAAGGUCAACGCACCAAAAUGCUCUGUACAUGGGCGGCCAAGGAGAUCAAGAGAAUUAACAGUCAAGUUAUAGCCCAGUAAAAUGGUCUUUUAGUUGUUAAUGUAAUCCCACCCCAAUGUAUGUACGCAGCCAAACUGUUACAGUAUGAAUCUGAGGUAUGUGGAUGUCUGAACUAAAACUAUAUGGUUUGUGAUUGAAGUGUUAUGAGCGAGAAGCACUCCUUAUAAAAAACACUUUAAAUGCGCGCGAGUGUGGCGUGAUGUGUGAUAUUACUAAAUGAUUACGUCGUGUAUGAAAACUAUGUUUGGGGACAACACGCCGAAUGAAAAUUAAAAAUUUAUCGGAUACAUUAGCGAACGUGACACAUUUUGGAUGAUUGAUGAACUUGUGCGCAUGAGUGAUGAUGAUAACAAUGAAUUAUGAUGAAAACUGAUGUAUUUUAAUUGUAAGCGUAUCUGAGAGUAAUGCUGACAUUUCAAAUCCCAAUAGGGCUGAUCCUGCAUAUAUAUUGUAUAUACAGAUAUAAAUAUUGUAAAACAAAGUCAGCUACAUUGUAAUAUAUGUGCUUGGGUGUGCGAGACUAUGACUGAUGUAGGUGUAUGAUUGUGGGUUAACGUCAUUCCAGGUUCACAAAUGAAUUUUAAAAGCGAAUGACAUACAUUUCAAUCGUCUGUCUGCUUUUGUUAUUAAAUAUACAUAACUUAAAUUAGUUGCAAUGUAUAAGUGUGAUCGGUUAAUAUAAGAGUGAGCAGAAGGAACACCUUAAAAAUGUAAUUGUGUUCAAUGCAUUUAGGUCGGGGUGCAUGUGGACAAGUGAGCAUGUAUGUGAUUGAUGUGUGAAUAUAAGUGUAAAAAGCACCACGCGCAGCAGAGCAAGAAAAAUAAUGUUCUGUUUUGUAGGAAUGCAAAUCAAGAACUUAUUGUAAAAAAAAAAAUAAAAAAUUAGAAGAAAACAAAAAUAUGACAUUGAAAGAGAUCAAAAACAAAAACAAAAACAAAUCGAACACGAAACAUAUGGUACUGAUUUUAUACUGAGAACUGAGACUUUCUACUUAUACAAUACAUACAUAAAUACUUACAACUACAUAAGGACUAUCAUUAAUUACUUUACGCGGGACGUACGAUACAAACUAACAGAAAAAUAGUAAAAUUUACACAACACAACGUACAUAAAAAGAAUAAU